AUGAACGUGCAAUCGAAGAAUUCCGGAGAAGAAACGCGUUUCGUCGAUGGAAGCGAAUACAGGGGCACUUGGAACGUACUAGGAAUGGAGGGAAUUGGCAAAUUCGUUCUGCCGCACAAUGCCAUUUUUGAAGGAGAGUUUCGCGACGGUACAUUUCAUGGGCAUGGUAGCUUAUAUUUUCCUCGCCUACAAAGAAUAGAUGGAAUUUGGUCGCAAGGUGAAUGUAAGGACAAACGAUAUACCUUUAACGAUGGAUUAAUUUUUCGUAGCCAUAACUGGGACUACUGCAGAUUCCCUGACAGACGAUAUCAAACGUGCAUUAAACACGGAUUGAGACCUGGUGGAGCAACAUUACGCACAAACGAUCGAAACGAAUUUCUUAUUCCCCCUACGUGCUACGAUGCAGGCAUUGGAAUUUUUAACCCAUGUAAAUAUCAUAUUGUAUCCCACCAAGACUCGAAGAAGGUACUUGAAAUACCAAAUACCAAAUUCACUCGCUGGAUACAGAAGAACUGUCAGAAGGCGUGGUCUGAGCCAACCGGAAAUCGGAAAGACCUUUACGAAAAUUGGUUUCCCGACAAAUUUAACACAAAGUUUCUUUCAACGUUAUUACCAUUUUCGAAUGAGUCUUUCGAACCUUGGUGGAAAAGGUGCAAGCAAAAAUACACAAAAAUUAAAUAAU